CCUCAGGUCUCACCUCCCUGGGCCGCCUGGGGUUCCUGUAGCAGCCACUUCCCCGCCCAAUCCCUCCCACACCCCACCAUGUUGGUGGGUACUCCCAACCUGCUGACACUGGAUGAAGCUGAUACCACCUGGACCCUCAUCAAGGAUAAGGUCAUCGAGGAGCACUUUGGGCCCAAUGCAGUACCAGUACCUUUCCUGUCAGAUGCAGUCUGCUAUGAUCUACUGGGUGUGCUGGUAAAACAGUCCCGCCCAGCCCAUACCCGCCUGGCUUUGCCAGGUCGGCAGGGCCGGAGGGCACUGAAACCAGUGGGGCCACUACCAAGCCUCCUGGAGCAGGCAGGAUCUGAGGGUGCCUUCGCCCACUGCACUCGGGAAUACUCACCAAAUGGCCGAGAAGAGAUAGCCUAUGAAGAGAUGCGAAUGUUGGAUGGACAGCCCUGCAAGAUCCGCCUACAUAUGGGUGGCCUGCGCAAGAAGGUUGCCUUCCUGUUGCUGCCACCAGGGCAGGUGAGCCUACAGCAGACUCUUCCCUGGCUCCGAAGCAGCCACAGCAUCUAUGUCAUCUACCAGGUCUUCUCUUGUUCCUGGCUGCAGCUGGGGCUGAUGCCUACAGCCUGUGAGCCCCAGCUCCUCCGGCUACUUCGGUCAUUACCUGUUGCCUUCUCCUGCCUCAAGUUUUCACUGCAGUCUAAGGGCAUGCUGGGACCACAGAAGCCUCUGACUAAAGACCCAUUGCCCCAUGGGGCCAACUGGGUGAGAUCCAACCUCAGCAUCAUGCCACCUCUGGCCCCCACAUCAGCACCUGCUGAUACAACUGAAGCUGCUGAUGUGCCCCAACCUGUCCCAGCCCCACCUACGCCACCUCCCCAGGAAGGGCCAGAGGGCAAACCCACCAGAUUCUCCUACAAGGGCCGAAACCCCUUCUGGAGGGGGCCCCACAUACUGUCAGAGAACUGGCUCUUCAGCCCCUGCAGCCCUCCACCAGGAGCCCACGGUGGGGGCCCCAGGGACCCCAACGGGCACUCCAUGUCCCUGCCCCUGCUGCAGGGUCUAUCCUCGGAGUUCGACAGCGACAACUGAAGCUGAAGCAAAAGAUUCCGGGGGCAAAGCCCCCAAGAUCUGGCAUAGGGGUACUGGUCUCUAAUAAACUUCAGCUGCUGCUCCCCCAAACCA